AUGACGGAUGAUAGCAUUAUUUUGGCAAUCCUGUUAUUAAGCGGAAUCAUUUGUGAGGCACAGUAUCAUAACUGUUUCAUGUCUGGUGGUGUUUCCGGACAUUCGACAUGGUGUGGUGAAAACUCGAAAGAUGAAGAGAAUUUGAAGGAUCCAGUGGAAAUAAUGAAACGUGCCAAGGAAUUCCUUGAAAAGCAAAGCAAAAUUAUAUUGGAUCCAUUGACCUGGACCAUAGCAACACCAGCACCACCACCAUCAACAUCUGCUUCACCAGUCGUUAAUGCAGCAUUGGCAGUGACAGCAUCAGGUCCAGUACUUGUAGUUCAGCCUAGCGUAACCGGAGAAAAAGCGCAAUCACCACAUGUUCCGCUGUAUUCAGUACCAUUGCCCAGUGGUGCCAAUUCACUCCUUACUCCUAUUUCAAAAGAUUCUCCAAAUGUAUCCAAUUUGCAAAUGUUACCAUAUGUUGCAAUAGGUCCUCCAGAAAAUUCACAUAACCUUCAAAAUAAUCCUAUUUCAACUGGCCAAACAGAUCUCCCAUUCCGUCUUCAAAAUUCUAAGCAAAUAAGUUGGCCCCAACAGCAAUUUGGGAAUCAAAGAAGUUAUAAGACAAAUAAAGAGAAUGAAAUGCCUUUCUUGAAAAUGCCGUUACCAAAAUUUUUCGUCGAACAAAAUCUAAAAUUGAAAGGAAAUAAUGACUUGACGGACAUGAGUAGCAUGAAGCCAAUCAGGUUAGUCCUAAAUCGGCCAUCAGCAACACUCGCAUCCCGAAAAGGUAGUCAGUCAAUCACUGCUUAA